AUGGCCAGUACGUUACCGUCGUACUUCAAAAAUCUGUCCCUGCUGAGUGCUCAAGCCAAAAGGGCCACAGCCAACACCAGUACCAGCAGUCAAGCACCUGGAAUUGACGUCCAGCAGCUGCUGACAAUGCACACCGCAACUCAGCAACAAACACAGCAGUUGCUGUCAGCCAUUGGGAAGCACACCAGCACGGUUGGCCAGCUGGCGGCCAACUCGGCACAGCCUGCACAGAGUGCUCAUGGAUCUGUAAAAUUGCCCGUGCUCACAAUCAGGAAGUUUGAUGGUGACAUACUUCAUUUCACUGAGUUCAUUGACAUGUUUCAAUCUGCGAUCGGUACAAAUCAAAGCCUGUCUGCCGUACAGAAACUGUCGUAUUUGAGAAGUCAUUUGACAGGCAUGGCCCUGGAUGUUAUUGCCGGUAUUCCCACCACCGAUUCAAAUUACCCCGUGGCGUUAGGAUUAUUGAAGGAUCGCUUUGGCAAGAAGGAUGCCAUCAUCGCAGCCCGAUACCGCGCAAUUACUGAAAUGCCAGCGCCAUCAAAUAAACCUCACAUGUUGCGGAGAUUUUACAACGAGGUGGAGGCUAAUUUGCGCUGUUUGCAAGCGGAAGGUCAAAGUGUGCAACAGGAACUGCUGAUUCCUGUCAUCACUUCCAAGUUACCAAAGUGCGUCAUCGUACAACUUGAGACACAGAAACCCCACAAUCAGAGUUGGACUGUUGAUGAGCUGCGGAAACAGCUGGGAAUCUACCUGGAGGUCCGUGAAUCGGCCGAGCGACUGGCAGGAGACACAGCCAGCAAACCAGAGAGCACUCUGCCACGACCACCGCCUGUUUCCGCACAGCCUCAUGCUGCCUACUCCCAACCUCCGGCCACGGCAGCCACGUUAGUUAGCUCUGUGCGGCGCGCCACUCCGAGAUGCUUCUUCUGCAAGUUGCAACACUUCUCGGACACCUGCCCAACGUUCAACACGGUUUCUACCAGACAGCAGCAGCUACAAGACCACUGCUUUGUAUGCUUACGGAAGGGACAUUGGGCAAAGGACUGUACUGCUAGAAGACCCUGCUAUCACUGCAAUCUGUUGACCCAUCACCGUGCCCUGUGCCCUCAGAAAUUUGGCUCAUCACCAGUGUCAGCUGCCGCAAGUACCUUCUAUCCUACUCAGCAGCAGCAAGGGCCACAGAAACAUACUACCGCUACGGUGCACGUCCAGUCCAAAGGUGUGAAUCUCCCAACCGCCAUCGCAACUGUCGCCGGGCAAGGCAACAUCUCAGACUGCCGACUGUUGUUUGACACCGGCUCAACUCGCACAUUUAUUCAUGAAUCGUUAGCUGCCUCUGUCAACGCAGCUGUUGUCGGUGAAGACGUGUUGUCCAUCGCUAGUUUUGGAUCUGCGUCCCGGCGAACGGUCACCCUGCCGAGAGUGGAGUUUUCCCUCCUAUGUCGAGAUGGAUCAGCCUUGCCCGUAACCGCCAAUGUUAUGCCGUGGAUUUGUUGUCCUGUUGUCAAAUCCCCAAUCGACAUCGACCAGUACCCUGAAGUCAAGAACAUCCAACUAGCUGACACCAUUGUCACCAAGCGUGAGGAGGUAGAAAUUGACCUCCUUAUCGGCACGGAUUUCUACUUCUCCAUCAUGGGUAACGGUCACAUCCAACUCAACAAUGGCCUGGUCUUGCUGAACUCCAAAUUGGGAUUUGUCCCAGCAGGCCCUACUGACACAGAGACAGAUGACACUGCGGGCCACAUAAUGCUCACAGAUGCUACCACCUUGCCAGACCCAGUAUUUGAUCUCCAACGUUUCUGGCGACUUGAAGAUAUUGGUAUCACCGAUGACAUCAGUGAUCCGCAGACAGCGGACGACAUUGCCCUGGAACACUUUCGCAGCUCCUUGCAACUGAUCAACGGCCGAUAUAUGGUAUCUUGGCCAUGGAAAGAUAGCCAUACUCCACAACCUAAUCUACCAGAGAACUACCAGCUCGCCUUCGGCCGUCUCAAAUCCUUAGUCAAAUGA